AUGAUGUCGUCUUACUACCCGGUGUUUUCGCCACCAACUAGGGGUGUGAUAGGAUACAAAGGUUUGAUGAUGAAUAAGGAAAAUGACGAUGGUGUUGAUUCAUCAGAGUUGAAGGCAGCGAGCAUGAGGAUGGGGAAAAGAUGGAAGAAUAGAUAUGUGUGUUCCGCUUUGAACGAGUUCCACCGUUCAAUGGCAUCUAGUUCUCACAAAGGUAGCAAUUACUAUGGUGCUGCUUCAUAUAGAUCAAGAGAAGGGCUUAGCACUAGACCUGUUACUAAUUCUGAUGAAAUCCAGCUUCGCAUUGAUCCAGUUCAUGCUGACCUGGAUGAUCACAUUGGUGGCCUCUACAAACAAGUUAGACAGUUAAAGAAUGUAGCCACAGAGAUUGAGUUAGAAGCCAAGAAUCAAAAUGAGUUUAUCAAUCAACUGCAAAUGACAUUAAUAAAAGCUCAAGCAGAGGUGAAGAACAACAUGAGGAAAUUAAACAAGAGUAUCAUUCAAUCAGGAGCAAACCAUACACCUUUAUCAAAAUCCAUCGUAUUGUCUCUUUUCCCACCUCUGGCGUUUGCCUCUUUGAAGUCCCCUUCAACUCCUCUGACCAUGGCCUCCCUCUUAACUCUUAGAACACCGAUUCUCUAUUUGGAUCUACGAUUUCCUUGCAAGGUGAGAACUUUAUUCAUGAGAGGCAGUGUUAUUACCACAACAGAAUGCGAAGAUGGAGUUAAAUCAAGAAUUGCAUCUCGUAGUAUAAAGAUUUCGAAGAGGUUCUCAUUGAUGUGAAAAAAGAAAAAAACAUGGAGAAGGAGAGUAUUCUGGCAUAAUGUAUUCUGCCAUAAUGUAUAUAGUGUUUCUUAACAAUAAUAUCUUUUCAGAAUGGAUUAAUAUUUUU